AUGGGGCUCCGGCAACUCCCAUCAAACGUCUUUUCAUUGUUUGAUGAAUACCCGGUGAUGAGAAGGUACAGAAACCGGCGAAUAGCUCCAACCAUCCUUCUGAUCUCAAUAUUGCUUCUCAUCGGCUUGGUUAUUUUCAACGUCCUGACACAAGGACAAUCUCUACGAUACAAACCAUUUCUGUCGUCACAAUUUUUCAACGGAACAAUGUUUCCAAAUGGUGACAAUGUCACCUGUCAGCCAGCUCCGAUGAAGCUCAGCGAAAGCUUUUUUACCGUAGUUCCGGCCAAGGAUGCCCCACGAGUUUCCGUUAGCACUCAGGGAUACCAAUGGACGAUCUAUGCUGUGAUCCCUCCGGGCGGGCCGACGUCUGGGAACACUACAACAGGCUUCCUUUACUCCGGCGAAAAAUUGAAUUGUACCAGUGUUUAUGCACACCAUACUUAUACCUACGAAACUGGAAAUUUUAAGUUCAAUUCUUGUGCUAGUUGCUUAUUAAGCACCAACUUCACGAUAAAGAUAUGCACUAUGUAUGAUUCUGCUACUCCAAAGUUGCCCAAGUUUGCCCGGCUUUUCUACAACAACCAGCCAGAUCUUGGCUUUCAAACACUCGAUCGGAUCUACCGCAGCAUGAGUAUCCCACCCCAUUCCCUACCGCGAUCAGCAUUCCCUCCAGGUUACAACGAGGAACAACCAGACUUAAAUACUUCAAUCGAAUGGCGUCAAGUUACUCAAUUAAGGUCUUGGCUUGGUAAUAUAAGUUUGAUACCACCACCUGCCGACGGAUCAUCCAAGGAGAAGAUUGUGAUCCAUAACUCCACGGUUGUCGAUACAUUUUUUGAGGCUUUCAAAGCUACCGAUGGAGUGGAGGAGUCCUCUGGUUUUGAAACUGACGUGAAGGAUAUUGGGGUGGUUAAACCCCUCGGCCAAGUGUAUAAUCUGACUGGAAUGCCGAAAGCCUGGGCAGAAGUUUUCAACGAGUCACUCUCGAUGAAUAGAGGCUUGAUGGGUGCCGCGAAUAGGGACCUUGGUGGAAUCAAUGACAAACAGAUCGGAGUCAACUACUUAUGUACGAACACAACCAAAGAAUGGCAGACCGUUCCAAAUCUCGUUUCAGUCACCGUUGGAAGCACAUUGGCAGUAUUCUCGGCUUGUUUUACUCUACUCGUUGCGAUGGCUCGUAAAUUGGACAAUUUCCAAAGAAAAGAUGUCGAAAUGCAUCAACUGACAAGCAGCCCCACUCAAUCGACUCUCAAGUUACACGACGUUGAAGUAGUUCGUCUUAGUACGUGA